AUGACAAACUCUUCGUCAUCUAUUUAUUGGCAAUUGGACUUGUGGUACCAGAUCAAAAUGCCAGGUCUUUUCCUUUCCCUCUCUCUCUCUCUCGGUCUAAUCAUUUCCUUUUCUCUCUCUUUAUAUCGCCUCUCCCCCUCUCUCUCUAAUUCUUUUCAUUUCCUUAUCCUUCUUUCUCUCGUUUCUUUAUUUUCUUUCUUUAUUACCCGUUUUCUCUCUUUCUCUACUUCAUUUCCUUAUUUCUCUACUCUCUCUCUCUCUCUCUCGAUCUCUUUCCAUUCCUUUUCCUCUUAUUAUAUCGCCCUUCACCUUUUCUUUUUCCUUCUCUCCUCCUUUAACUCAUAUUCUUUCCUUCUCAUUCUCCUCUUCCUCCUCUCUUUGACCAGCUCUUAUUCUUUUCCCUAUCCUCCUCCUCCAUUUCUCUUACACUCUCUCUUUGUGCUUAUCUCCUAUCCUUUUCUUUUUUUCUCGUUGAUUAGUACUUUCCUUCCUCCUCUACCUCCCUCUCUGAUUAGGCCUUUUCCUUUCCUCCUCUCUCUCUCCCUCUCCCUCUCUCGUUCAUUUCCUUUUCUCUCUAUCUCUCCUUCUCUCUGUCUCUCUCUAAUUAAUUUUCUCUUCCUCUACUUACUCCCCCUCUCUCUCACAGUCUCUCUCUCACAGUCUCUCUCUCACAGUCUCUCUCUCUCUCUCUGUCUUUCUAGUUGCUUUCUUUAUUAUCCCUCUAUCUCUGUCUAG